GGAUCAUUCGGUGUCAGAGUUUGCUACACUGUUGGCUAGACGACACCACCCUGCACCCACUCUGUUUAUUGUUGACACUUGACAAGAAAUAAUAAGCAAGUUGACAAUAAUAAUAACAACUUGACAUAUUUUUACUUUACACAAGAGCGAAGGAGAGGCUUCGGGGAUACUAGUGUUAAUCAGCACAUGAAAUAAACAAAAGUAAUAAAAUGGUUACAACGGAAGAGGUGAUCGAAGAAAAAGAGGAAAAGAAAGUGCCAGUACAUGUAUUCAAAAAUCCUGAGUUUCAGCAUACUGCCUUCCGCAGCAGUAAAAAGAGGGGAUGGAGAAACCUGAAGCAAAUCAUAUCCCUUGAGCGAACUUACACCUGGCCAGAUGACUCUGUACAUUAUAGCAGUAUUGAUGCACCUCCUGCCUUCACUCCAGCCAAAAAAUAUUCAGAUGUUUCUGGGUUACCUGCUAAUUACACUGAUCCCCUAACUAAGCUACGAUUUGCUGAUGCAUCUGAAUUCUACAGAGUUAGAGAUCUUCCAAUGGAUAUUGUCAAUGGGCUUCUGGAACUGAGAAAGGCCAAUAGUAUUGUUGGUUGAGUACAUCCACAGAGGUUUAUUUUCACAUUGGUCACUUCAUUACUGUACUGUAAAUAAUUUUGUAUUUCAAUAUAUUUUAUGUCUCAUUUAUAAGGUGUCAGGAAAUUGUUCAUAGCAAAUUUUGUUUUACAUUAUUAAAAAAUACAAUGCUAAAUUUUGAGAAUGAGCAAAAGAAAUGACCACCAUCACCAUACAGUAACCUUUUUCUGGAGUUUAGUACACAGGUAACCCUUGCUAUCUGAAUGGGUUACGUUCCUUGAAAACCAUUUGGAUAUAAAAUUUUUGGACAGCUGAUAACAUAAUACAGUACUGUACAGGUAACCCUCGAUAACUCGACAGGUAUGGGGCUCUGGCCUUGCCGAGUUAUCUCAAAUUCCGAUUUAUCGAGGCACUAUUCCCCUCCUACAAAAAUACAAUAAAAAAUUAUCGACCCAUAUAGGUGUACAUGUAAUUACUAAUGUAAGACAGUAACACUUACCAGCACUGCAGGUGAAGAAUGAAGCAGCACAAUAGGUGAUACAGAGGCAUGGUAGGUGAUGCAGGUGGCCAGAUAUGCCGAGAUUUUCCCAAAUAGUUUUAUAUAUCUCGGCAUUUCCGAGUGAUACUAAUGAAUUCUGAGACCAUAUCCAUGCCGAGUUACCGAGGGUUUACUGUACUGUACAGUAUAGUCUGCAUUUACGCGGUCAAUUGAACCCGUGGAGGCCUGUGUAAAACGAGAAACACGUAAAUGAAAUAACAGAA